AUGAGGAUCAGGGACUUUGGCCGAUCCGUCAGGGACCAUAUCACUACAUCAUGGACGCGUCUGGGGAGAAACCGUGAUACGACUCAGCAAGAUCUUGAAUCCGGUAGCAGGGAAAACUUGUUCAGUCGCUUGGAACUCAGCCGCAGGGAAAUCAUGAUCAGGCGCGCCAUCAGGCAAGAAACACCCCCUCGGCCUACAUAUUUACUUCAUGAUCCUACGUCAUUCUCGCCGGUUGAAGGUGUUCGCGUUCGUAGGACUGUUUCCUCCGAAUUUAGGCACCACCAACUCACCAUUAGGGCCCAAGAAGAGUUCACUCCCCCGGGAUCUCCAACCGGAACAACUCUUGGAAUCCCGGCCGAGCAUCUUCUAUAUGACGACCAGCAAGAGAUGGGUGAUAUCAUCCAGGCUCUCCCUCCCAAUUUUGAUAACCCCUUUGUCCGACCACGGAGGAGUCUCGCAGAUAGCGAUGAGAGUUCGGAAACACGUUCGGACGACUCGAUACAAUCCAGCUUUCCCAAUGUUGCAACUCCCGUAACACAGCCUGGUAGCCCGAUGGGCGAUUCACCCGCGUCUCUCGUUGUCCGGCCGCCUGGACCGGGCCAGGGCAUCGAGCACCUGGGCAAUGUCCUCGUCUAUGUCCUCCAGCUCCUCGCCCUCCUCGAGGUCGCGAUCUGGAAUGCCGCCGGCCAUGGCGAUGUCCCUAUCUCGCCGCCAUCGGAAGGGGAGGCUAGCGAUGCGGACGAUGCGGUUGGUGAUGCGGUAUCGCCAGGAGGUCGUGUGCUCGGAUAUUGCGUCGAUGGGCAGAUACUGGCUGUAUCGGGCGCGGUAGCGGCGCCAGCAGGGCACGACGACGAAGGUGAGGAGGAGGAAGAGGAUGAGCGAGAUGACGGCGGGGAUGACGAGUAUCUGUGGUUUUGCGGCACGCGGCGCGGCGACAGGGCCGACCCCUACCUAGCCAUGGAGCAAAGCAAGCUGAAUGCGCUUUAUAAGGGGCGGAUCUUUAAGAUUCGAGCUGACGACUCUGGGAUGGCGAUGGCUGAGACUCAAUUCCAGAAUGAUGGCUUUGACAUGGAGUUCUGA